AGGGAGUUUUCUGAAGAAUAUUGUGAAUGUUGUAUUAAAAGAAAUAAACAACGUGCCAUUAGUAGUUGCAAACCAUCCAGUUGGUCUGGAAGAAAUGGAACAAGACUUUGAGAUGAACACACUCCAAUCUGAUCAGGCUGUACAAAUUGUGGGAAUUUGGGGCAUGGGUGGCUCUGGCAAAACCACACUUGCCAAACAUCUUUACAACAAAAAGUCCUCAUCCAUGCAGAGGUCCAGUUUUAUUUUUGAUGUUAGAGAUGGUGCAACCAAAGGCGUGUUACAGAAAAAGCAGAUUCAACUCCUUAAUGACCUUGGUGUCAAAAAAGAUAUAAAAUUUGACAAUAUAGAACAAGGGAAGGCAUUUCUUACAAGGCAUUUGACAUCUGUCAGGGUGCUCAUUGCUCUAGAUGAUGUGGAUGAUGUAGAUCAACUGGAUGCUCUGUUGCCUGUAAAAGACACCCUUGGAUCGGGUAGUCUUAUCAUUGUUACAACACGGGAGAAGGAAGUCCUCAGAUCUAAGGGCAUAUCCCGUGUGUAUGAAAUGAAAGCACUUGAUCAACUUUAUGGAAGGCAGCUUUUUUCUUGGCAUGCUUUCUCAAAAUCCAUUCCUCUAGUUGGAUUUGAAAAACUUGUUGAAAGGUUUGUAGAGGUUUGUAGAGGAUUACCCCUGUCUCUCAAGAUAUUUGGAGCACAGUUAUAUGGAGAGUUUCGCAAAGAAUACUGGGAGUCUCUAUUGGAUAAGAUCUCCAGAAUAUUGCCUGAUGGUAUUAAAGAGAAACUCAAAUUGAGUUAUGAUGUUCUUGAUUAUGAAGAGAAAGAGAUGUUUCUUGACACUGCUUGUUUCUUUAUAGGAGAGGAAAACAGUUUGGCAAUUGAAAUAUGGAAUGGAUCAGGUUGGAGCGGUCUACAUGGUUGGGAAAAACUAUUGAAUAAAUGUUUGGUUGAACUCGACCAAUACAAUUAUAUAAAAAUGCAUGAUCAUUUAAGAGAUUUAGGAAGGGAAAUUGCAAAUCAGCAUUCACCUUACCGACUUUGGCUACCCCAACAGAUUAUUAAUACUGAGAAUCAAACAGAGACAAGAAAUGACAUCCGAGGAAUAAUGGCCGUCUCAAGCGAAAUAAAAACUUGGUUUUGCCAUGAGCGCGGAAAGUCCUUCCCCAUAAUGAGCCGUUCCAGCAGGGUCAGCUCGGACGGUGAACUCAUGGGCAAUCCUAUUGGAAGAAAUUUGUCACUCGUGCCCUCUAUACUUGGACCGAGGAUUUUUGUGAUUAGACGAGAUUAUUUCAAUAGAACAAUGGGUGAAGUAUCACAAGGGCUGGUCUGGCUUCGCUGGUUUCAAAUUGGGCAGAGAAAUCUUUCAUCAAGGUUUUCAUUCAAAAGAUUGAGGGUUUUAGAAUUAUAUGAAGACGGAGAGGAACAUCACUUAAAAGAUCUGUGGGAGGCUGACAAUGCUCCUCUGCAGCUGAGAGAGUUAGUCAUUUCAGGAUGCCUCAAAUUCCAAAGAUUUCCAAACUCAAUAGGACGUCUCAAUGUGUUGAAAAAGAUAGUAAUCAUAAAUGGCUUCAAUAUUCGAAGCCUUCCUGAAGAAUUUUGCCGUCUUCAAUCAUUGGAGCACUUGCAAUUAAAAUACUGUAAAAAGCUAUCAUCAUUACCCACUAGUUUUGGCAAUUUGAGAAAUCUGCGGUUUCUGGAUUUAAGCUGGUGUACGCAAUUGAGUAUGUUGCCAGAUUCUUUUAAGAAUUUGAUGCUCCUACAAUAUCUCGAUCUAUCUUUGUGUGAACAGCUCAAACUUAGGCCAGAGGAUUUCCAAAACAUCACAAAGCUGGAGCAUUUGGAUCUAUUUGGUUGUGUGCGAGUGGAACAAUUGCCUUCUCAUAUCAUAAAUCAGGCGUCCUUGAGAGAGCUCUUAUUGAAGGGGACAGACAGGUUAAGGGAGCUGCCAAUUAACAUCGGUCAACUAAGAAGACUGCAAAAGAUGACCAUUGGGAAUAAGUUGUUGACAAGCUUACCCACCUCUUUGGGAGAUUUGUCCUCCUUGACAAAUCUUUCAAUAUUUUACUCUCCCAACCUCGAAUAUUUCCCCCCUCUUCAAAAUUUGUCCUCCUUAAAAAGUCUUUCAAUUUGCAGUUGUCCCAAACUAAAAUACUUGCCCAACUCCCUUGGAGGAUCCUCCUUGACGAAUCUUGUAAUUCGUGACUGUCCCAAACUAAAAUCCUUGCGUCCUAACUCUCUUGGAGCUUUAUCCUCCUUAACCGAACUUAAAAUUAUUCAUUGUAACAGCCUGAAAUGUUUACCGAGCUCUGUGGAGCGUCUUAAUCUCUUAGAGCAUUUAACAAUACAGGUGUGCCCAGUUAAAUGUUUACCUUUUGCAUUGAGGAAUCUUAAGCAGAUUACUCUACAUAAUACAGAAGUGUGCAGGAUUUCAGUCUCUGAAGACCGUUAUCCGCGCCUCCAGAGUCUCUCUCUUUCUUCUAUGGAUCAUUUAAUGGAGAUCGAAGCACUACCAACGACAAUCAAGUCAAUAGAAUUGAAAUACUGUAAAAUAUUGAAGAAGAUAAGGGCUACUUGUGAUCUGGUAAACCUUGAACGCCUCAAAAUAGUGUCAUGUCCAGAGUUGGAUGAGCUUCCCAGCUUUGAACAUUCCACUUCUCUCAGAGAAUUUGAACUACGAGGUGGUUGCUACAGAAUUCAGGAAAUUGAAGGUUUGGAAUAUUGCACGAGAUUGGAAAGCUUGCGGAUAGAGACCUGUUGGGAUGUGCCUGUUAUAGAAAGUUUGGAGCAAAUGGACAAAUUGAGGAGGGUGGAAAUUAGAGCAAACAAGGGAUCAGCUAUUGAACGUUGCAUUCAAACAAUUAAGAAAUGGCCAGGUGAAAUAAAAGUAUGUUCUCGCGCAGUCCCUGAUGCGUCCUCACUUAUGCCUUUUUUGCUCCUUCCGAAUCUGGUGGUCUUUGACUCCUUCUCUAACCACAAAAUUCAGUCCAGGUCAAAAUUUGUGCGCGUCCAAUCCUCUAAUGGCGAUGCAAUCAUGAUCUGUUGUGUUAUAAAUUGUGUUUCUUCGCAAAUGCAACUGCAGCUAUCACCCCAUUGUCGUGGAGGACGUAAAUUCUUCGAAUAUCUACCCAAUGUUGAGAAAGGUAGAUGGAUAUUGUUAGCUGGUUUCACACUGCAGAGCGGGUAUUAUGACUGGCAAUCUGCCGAGGAAAUCGAAAUAGAAGCAAACAGAGAGGAAGCCGAAAUAGAAGAUAGAGUAAAAGAGGACAAAAUAGAGAAAUGCUUGGUUGUGAGGGUGGAAGAGCAAAGACUAGAGGAGGCAUUUCACAGCUUAUUGCCACUUUUACAAAGUUGAUAUAGUUGACAGAGUCGGUAAAUCAGAAGUAAUAUUUUCCCUAGGCAGAACGUGCUAGUAAUUACUAGCAAUUGCAUCUUUUUGGCAGAAGGUAUUUCGAAAAGUAUCAAAGGUGAAUUGUCUUUAAACAAGUAGUGUGGAAUAUAGAUUUGUAUAUCGUCUUUGUAUUGUUGGCACUAUUGAAAGUCUUUUUAAAUAUUAUAUCUAUGUAUUUUGUGAAA